AUGGAACCCAACUGCUCCUUCGACGAGGUGGACCGCCUGAUGACAUCACUGGAGCUCGUCAUCUACGUGCCCAUCUUCGUGUUUGGCCUUAUCCUCAACGUCCUCGCCCUGGUUGUCUUCUGCAUCUUCCUCCGCAAGUGGAGCGAGUCCACCAUCUACAUGACCAACCUAGCCCUCAUGGACCUCCUUCUCCUCCUCCUGCUCCCCUUCAAGAUGCACGCCACCAACCACCAAUGGGCGGCCCACCACCGCUUCCUAUGCUCCCUCCUGGAGAGCUUGUACUUCGUGGGGAUGUACGGCAGCAUCUAUACCAUCGCCUGCAUUGCUGUGGACCGCUGGGUGGCCAUAUGCCACCCAUUCCGCGCCAAGCAGCUCCGUUCCCCCCGGGCUGCUCUGGGGACCUGCAUCCUGGUCUGGGUGGUGGUGCUGGGGGGCAUCUCCCCCAUCUAUGGGUUCCGCAAGGAGGAAACGGGGUACUUCCACUGCUUCCACACGUUCUCAAAGGAGGGCUGGCAUCCAAAGGUGAUCGGCUGCCUGUUGACCUUCGGGUUCGUGGGGCCGGCCCUGGUGCUGGUGGUGUGUUCAGCCCAAAGCAUCCGGACACUGAGGCAGUCGGGCCAGGAGAGCCCUAAAAGCAGAAGCUGCGUGAAGAUCAUUUACAGUAGUCUCUGUGCCUUCCUGGUCCCGUUCACGCCCAGCCACCUGGGCAUCCUGCUGCAGUUCCUGGUGCAUCAAAGCCUGAUCGAGGACUGCUUGGCCAAGACGAGGAUCAGCUUGUACAUUCAGGUGACCAUGAGUCUGGCCAACAUCACAUGCUGUCUGGACGCUCUGUGUUACUACUUCAUCACCACGGAGGUGAGGAGCUCCAAGCAGACCUUCACCUUCAGGAGGUCCAUGAGCCAGAAGAGAGCCACCACCAGCACCUCAGAGCUCUGA